GUGUAUAUUUGUGUUAUCAAUAUAUUUGGUGCUACAUUAAGGAAGAAUUAAAAAUUAUAAUCUUCAUAAUUACAAUUGUGAAAGCAUUAAUUUAAUUAUAUAAUUACAAUGGCAACAUCAGUUAAAGAACGUACUAUUCUUGCUGUAGACACUCUUGUCAAAUAUGACAAUCCUAUUUUGGUUACAACUCAUCCAGAAAAGAUACGUAAAGAGCCAAUGUUGGGUAAAAUAAGUACUGCUAUUUGUAAAGUUCAAACAACCACUCCUACAACUGAUGUACGCCUUGAAACUGUUGAAAUUUUAAAUGGAAUUUUACCACCUAAAGAAUGGGAAGAAGACGGACAAAUUUGGACACAGCAAGUUUCAAGUACUCCUGCUACGAGAUUGGAUGUUAUUAAUCUACAAGAACAACUUGAUAUGAAAUUGCAACAGCGGCAAGCAAGAGAAACUGGAAUUUGCCCUGUACGCAGAGAACUUUAUACACAAUGUUUUGGUAUGUUUUUAUUGUCCCGAUUAGAGAAAAAUAAUAAAAUAAUAAAACAAAAUAUUUCAGAUGAAUUGAUACGACAAGUUACCAUAAAUUGUGCAGAACGUGGUUUGCUAUUACUCAGAGUAAGAGAUGAAAUCAAAAUGACUUUGGCUGCUUAUCAAACUUUAUAUCAGAGUAGUAUUGCAUUUGGAAUGCGUAAAGCACUUCAGGCUGAACAAGGUAAAGAAGAUUUAAUUGCAAUUGCAGAUGAAUUACGACAACAAAAAACAGAAUUAGAAAAUACACUCACAGAAUUGAGACACAAAUUUGAUUUAGCAGAAAAAAGAUCUGCAGAGUUAAAAGAAGCAGAAGAAAAGAAAUACACAGAAGAAAUUCAGUUUCUUAAAAAAACGAACUUACAAUUAAAGGUAAUGGAAUAUCUUAUAUUGCAUAUUUUAUAUAUUAUAUUGUAUUAUCUUUUUCAGACCCAAUUGGAAGGUAUUAUAGCGCCAAAAAAAUAAUGACUAUACGAAGAACAAAUAUUUUUUUCUUAUCUCUUAUAAUCACUGCAAUAUGAUCUAAACAUUAAUAAAGUGGAAUACAAAUAAGAACGUAUAAAAUAAUGGGCAUUAUACUAGAUUUAGUGAUUGUUAUAAAACGAAAUAUAAUUAAUUAAAGAAAAAUAUAUAAU